AUGGCCUCCGAGCUGGGGCUGCUGAAGGUGCUGGAGACCUUCGUGGCCUGCCUCAUCUUCGUGUUCAUCAAUAGCCCCUACGUGUACCACAACCGGCCGGCCCUGGAGUGGUGCGUGGCGGUGUACGCCCUCUGCUUCGUCCUGACGGCCCUCACUAUCCUGCUGAGCCUGGGGCACUGCACCAACAUGCUGCCCAUCCGCUUCCCCAGUUUCCUGUUGGGGCUGGCCUUGCUGUCCGUCCUCCUCUAUGCCACUGCCCUUGUCCUCUGGCCCCUCUACCAGUUCAACGAGAAGUAUGGUGUCCAGCCCUGGCAGACGAGAGAUGUGAGCUGCAGCGACAGAAACCCCUACCUUGUGUGUAUCUGGGACCGCCAACUGGCUGUGACCAACCUGACGGCCGUCAACUUGCUGGCCUAUGUGGGCGACCUGGUGUACUCUGCCCACCUGGUUUUUGUCAAGGUCUAAAACUCCCAAAGGGCCCCGUUUGCCUCUCCAACCUCUUCAUCCCGCCCCCCCCCCCCCGAGUUUUCUUUAUUGAGUAUUCAUUUCCUGUGUUUUCCUCUUCCCUAUCUCCCCUCCUCCCCUUUUCUUUCCUUCCCAAUUCAUCGCACUCUUUCCCAGUUCUCUGAUGUAUGUUCUUCCCUUUCCUCUGCUGUUUCCUUCCUGUUUUGUUCUGUUGCCCACAACCUGUUUUCACCCCUAAGCUGUUUCCCUUUUUCCACUCUCUCUUUUGUUUCUUUCCUCUCAUCUCUUUUCUAGGUUUCCUGUUGGUUUUCUUAUCUGCCUAUUUCCCGACCAUCUUCUAUUUCCUGGGGAGCCCUGAGGCUUUUCUUCUCCUGCCCCCACCCACCUACAGCGGUGAUGAGCUCCACACCUCCACACCCAUUGCAGCUGUGGCGCCACGUCCUCUCAAGGGGCCUUCUGCCCGCCCCCGCCCUAGCUGUGCCUUAGUCAGUGUGUACUUGUGUGUGUUUGGGGGAGUGGGAAUUGGGCCCCCUUUCUCCCAGUGGAGGAAGGUGUGCUGUGCACCUCCCCUUUAAAUUAAAAAAAUAUUUAUGUA